CUGAGGUGGUAAAAUCUCAGUCUGGGGAGACUCUGUUGCCAUCUUGAUUGAAAUCCGCUGUGCGAAGACUAUUAUGGGCGUGCGAGCAAGCUGCGACCUGGUGCGGAUAGGUUCCUUCUCCUCACAAGAUGGGGCGCGCGCGGGGUUUCCGUCUUCCCCAGACCGGCGGACGGUUGAACUGAGGCCCGGUCACGUAAGGCGGUAAGAUCAAGUCAAGGUCAUUCAGCGCGGAAAUUUGCCCGAGCUCCAAGCCCAGGUUGGUUUCAUGAUGCUCCGCACAUAGCCGCAACCUCCUGUAAGUUUCACUUAUCUCAACAGUCUAUAUGAAGGCCCAGCAAUGCUCGCGCUACAAUAACCUCCGGGUAUGGAGGUGCUUCAACCGUUAUGAUCAGAGACCCCAGUGCUUCCGCUUUUACUCCACAACCGCGUCGCAGUACCAGUAUCGCCCAUUAGCAUCUCUCGAACAUGUCGAGCUUGAUCACUUUCGCCAGGCAUACUUCAUCCCAGAACACCCUAUACUCCUUCCGCGCCGACACUUUCAGACUCUUCCUGCUCUCACGAAGUGGUUCAGCUCCUCCCCGUCCCGAUUGAACACGAUAUACCUCAGUCAACAUGGCGCCGACGCUAUGGUUCCAUUAGAAUUGACCCAGUUUUCUACAAAUACCGAUAUCGGAGCGAAUGAGCUUGACUUUCGGCAGUUCCACGCGCCUCUAAGCUUAUUCCUUGAAUGGAUGUCGACGGCAGAAUCGCUUGAAUCACAAAAGACGCGCCUGUACCUAGCACAAUGCCAGCUGCUUGACCUGCCGCAGACUCUCCGCGAUGAUCUCCCCGCCCCGGAUCUGGUCAAGCAGGUAGGGAAAGGGGAUAUUUACGAUACAAAUGUCUGGAUCGGGUAUCCGCCCACCUACACGCCACUGCACCGCGAUCCGAACCCGAAUCUGUUCGUUCAGCUAGCCGGACGGAAGAUGGUGCGGUUGUUACCACCCUCUGAAGGGCAAAAGGUAUUUGGGGCGGUUCGACGCCAGAUGGGAAAAAGUGCCGGCCGUGAGGCUGCUGCAAUGCGGGGGGAUGAAAUGAUGCAGGGUGAGGAGAGGUUUCUGCUUGAAAAGGCCGUCUGGCAUGAGGCAACUGUUGGAUCUACUGGACCCCUUGGAUUUGAAGCGUCCCUAGAAGCUGGAGACGGCAUGUUCAUUCCUCGAGGAUGGUGGCAUAGUAUCAAGGGACUAGAAGAAUGUGUAACUGCUUCGGUUAACUGGUGGUUCCGUUAAUAACACAGCUAUAGUUCGUAGGUUCAAAGUAAGACCGAAUUAUGAUCACGCUGGCUCAUCUGUAUACUCAGC